CGCAUGCAGGUGGGAUAAACCAAACGACAAUCGUCUCAUGUGGUCUCAUCUUCGAAUGGCCAAUGUGACGUCACAGCAGUGAUGUGAAACGGGGUCGCUGGUGGUAGUGAGACCUCUCCGUGCUGUUGCGGAGCCGGGGAGACCGGGAGAGCGGAUAUACCGUACUUGACUCCGCUGAGGGAAGCGUUGCGCAAACGAAGUGUUUUUCGAGCGCAACUUCUGAAAGCGCCAGGGAGGUUAGGCCUAAUCAACUGUCAAAUCAAAUUAUCAUUGUGCUCCUUCAACCGUCGUGUCUCUCCGUCUACCGUCGUUCAUUAACUGAUGGUCUGAAGUCAAGACUUAGGUCGGAGGUCGCCUGUCACUACCCCAUUGAUUUGUUACCUUCGUUCUUUGACAUGGAUCUAAUUGGUAACUACGGUGCGGCUUCGGUUAUUUGCCACAGCUUUACAGAGAGUGAACAGAACUCAAUCCCCAACAAACAAGUUCUUAUUCAAAUAAAUUAUGUUUUCCCAAAGGAAUGUACUUUUGGAGAAGUGAUGCUGCCCUUGGAAAUCUCAUGGUUGCCUUGUCCUGAGUAGAUUGGACACAUGGGAUAUAGCAGACAGAAGGACUCCUCUCACCCUGUUCCGAGAUCUAAAACCUCUCCUAUCCCUGUGGGAAUAUGUACAACCAUCCAACUCUCCAGGAUAAAGGAUGUCAGAACUGAUACACAGUCUGGAACAAUGCCAACCCCAGAGAGAGGAAUGUAUUUUACCUUGUUGUUAUUUGUUAUCAAGGGACACAAACAAACAAGAUGUUAUCAGAGAUGUUUGUUUCGAUGAAAAGAAGAAACCCAGAGGACUUUCCUUCUGACGUGGCUCUUCUCUAAACUAUGAGCUGAUUGACCCCUCUCCCCCAGUCCCCCCCGCCCCUCCCCCACCACACACACACACACACACACACACAUCUUCCCUCCCCGCCGAAGAUGGAUCUAACGAAAGACACUACGGUCAUCACAGACAGCGACAGGGGCGUCUUAUCGGAUGACUCCUCAACCCGUGUCCUGACUGGCUGUUUCCUCUCGCUGCUCAUCCUCUCCACGUUGCUCGGCAACAUCCUUGUGUGUGCCGCCGUCACCAAGUGCCGUCACCUGCGUUCCAAAGUCACCAACUUCUUUGUGAUCUCGUUGGCCGUCUCCGACCUCCUGGUCGCUGUCCUGGUGAUGCCGUGGAAGGCCGUGAUGGAGGUCGCAGGGUUCUGGCCGUUUGGCUCCUUCUGCGACACUUGGGUGGCGUUCGACAUCAUGUGCUCCACGGCGUCCAUCUUGAACCUGUGUGUGAUCAGCGUGGACCGUUACUGGGCAAUAUCCAGCCCGUUCUGCUAUGAGAGGAAGAUGACUCCUAAAGUGGCGUUUGUGAUGAUCAGCGUGGCCUGGACGCUCUCUGUCCUCAUCUCCUUCAUCCCCGUCCAGCUCAGCUGGCACAAUGCCCAGACCUUUACCUCUACCUCCAUCACUACCCACACAACCACCCCCUACAGCCUCCAGCCCCCCCCAGACUCCUCUAACCCUGUUGGGGAUAACAACACACAUCAGCUCCCCCAGGACUGGGACAACUGUCACUUCAGCUUGAACCGGACCUACGCCAUCUCUACCUCUCUGAUCAGCUUCUAUAUCCCAGUGAUCAUCAUGGUGGCCAUCUACACCCAAAUCUACCGCAUCACUCACCGUCAGAUCAGAUGCAUCGCCACCCUAGAAAGGGCCGCAGAGAGCGCCAAGAACCGACAGAACAGUAUGGGUGGAGGUGGAUCCAGCAUAUCUGAAUCAGAGAGCUCGUUCAAGAUGACGUUCAAACGGGAGACAAAGGUCCUGAAGACGCUGACUCUGAUCGUGGGCGUGUUCGUGUGCUGCUGGCUGCCCUUCUUCAUCCUGAACUGCAUGGUGCCGUUCUGUGAGCCGUCGCCCCGCGGUGCCACGGACUCCUUCACCUGUAUCAGCCCCACUAUGUUUGAUGUGUUUGUGUGGUUGGGCUGGGCCAACUCUUCCAUCAACCCCGUCAUAUACGCCUUCAACCCAGACUUCCGUAAGGCCUUCUCUAUCCUCCUGGGCUGCAACAGACUCUGUCCCGGAGAUCACAGCAUGUCUCAAUAAGAAAUGAGCUCAGAGCUUCAGAAC